UACAUUCCGUGUUAAUUUUCACUUAGCUAAUAGCAACGAAAUUUUUCUCAUAACAUAACUUACUUUAUAAGGGAUGCUUGAAAUAAUCAAUUGUAUUUGCAACCUGUUAAUUGCAUCAUCGUGACAUUUAAAAUUUCAAUUUAUGGUAAAGGAUAAAAAUGGACGGAUAUGAUGUACGUAUGAUUAAUCUUAUUUGAUAUAAAGUAUUAAUAAAGCAAAUUUUUCAUAAAUCUUGCUUAUAGUAGUAAUACAUUUCUCAUUUAUGAAAGAAAUUACGAUAGGGUCAUAGGUCAAUGAUAUAAAUUAUGCAAAGGUGUGCAGUUGUGUUAAGAAACAGAUUAUAAAUUAUGGCUGAAAAAGGGGCGCAUUUAACUGGAACCAAUUUUAUAAGACCUUCUAUAUUCGAAAUUAUAGCUCAAGAAUCAUUUGCAUCAACUGUUCAACCGGCUUUCCAAAAACUUUUGUCGUUUAUUCUAUCAUUUAAUCCUGAACGAUAUGGGCAUCUGCUCAAAUGGGCAGAUGAAGCCUACUUAAUUUUUAAUAUAACUCUUCAAAGAUAUUAUUUCAAAAAAUAUUCUGCUUCCUUUUCUGAAGCAUUUUAUGGCUUAAAACGCAUAGCAAUAGUAGAUUCCAUAAUUAAACGCAAAUUAUCGAACAAACAAGAGAGACUAUCUUUAAUAUUGAUAGUUGUAUUCCCAUACUUGAAACAGAAGCUUCAACAAAUAAGUCAGAGAUAUCAACUUGAAGAAAUAGAUGGUUGUGCUCCACAAUCUAAAUGGCAGAAACUAUAUCGUAAUUGCGUUAUUAAGGGAUACACAAUGAGUUUUAUGACAUAUGAAUUCAUGGUAUUGUACAAUUAUAUACUUUAUGUUGCUGGGAAAUCAGUUUAUCAAUCACCACUUCUGAGACUUUUAUCUAUUACAUUAACAUAUGCUGAACCAGUACCAGUACUUAGUAUUUCUGAUUUAUUAAGGAAAAUAAAGCACAAUUCCUUUGGUAUCAAUGAUAGUAUAGAUAUACUUCAACGAACAGUAACUACAUCUUUAGAAUUUGGGGCAUUUUUCCUUCAAUUUGUAUCAUGGUGGACUCAAGAACAUUAUGAGAAAAGUAUUAUGACCUUACCUCUCCCACCAUCGCCAAAGAAAUGGCUAAACAAUAUAAAGGGAAAUGUCCCAUUUGUUGUAAAGCACUAAAGGUACCCAUGGUACUUUCUGUUUCUGGAUAUGUAUACUGCUAUCAAUGUAUUCUUCCUGUAAUACGUGAAACUAAAAAGUGUCCAGUAACAAAUUAUCCUGCCCAGGAGGACGAUUUAA